UGCCCCCGGCAGGCCCCGGCCAGCGGGGCCCCGACGGAGCCUGGAGAACAGAGGCACCAGGGCUCCAGCCCAGCACACAGACCUCCGGCCUCGGAGAGCCCGGAGGAAGCCCCCCACCCCACCUCCGCUUGGCCGAGCCAGCUCCCGGCCCCCCGGCCUGAGGAAGCCGCCUCCGCCUUACCCCGGGUUCGUCGCAAUGGGGUCAGCGUCCUGCGAAAGAGGAACAGCGAGCCCAUGGACCUGGGUCCCGUGCGGUGCCCUCCACUCUCGCCGUUGGCUCUCGGGACUAGGGAGCAUGAGCUGGUGACGGGUCUGGCCCGGUUCGACCUCCAGGCUGCCAAGGGCCCGGAGGAGCCGGCCCCGCUGGCCGCGAAUGCCUUCAGCCCGAUGGAGCGGGCGUCUGUGGGGGAUGAGAGCCCGCAGUCCCCGGGCGCCAGCAACGGCGGCCCGACGCCCGUGGGCGGAGGUGCCCAGGGGGGUCCCAGCCCGGCCCCGGGGGAUGGCAACGCGGCCCUGGAUGAGCCCAUCAGCGCGGCUCCGGUAUCGGGGGGCAGCAGCCACCCGGAGCACCAAGAUCCUGGGCCUCUGUUCCACAUCUCGGACACCACCAACUGCUCGCUGACCCUGGACUGCUCGGAGGGAGCCGACUCCAGCCCCGAAGCGGGGGACCCGGGAGAGGGCGGCGACGGGGAGGGCUCCGUGUCCUCCAAGGCCGGGGAGACGGGCGGCAGCCAGGUCUCCUCAAACCCCGCCUGCCACCCGCCUGCGGAGGCGCCCAUUGCCGCCUCCGCCUCCGGCGGCUCCGUCCCGGGGAAGGGCGAGCCGGGCUGCAAGGGGGGCCUGCCCAGGGACAGGCCGGCCAGAGGGAGGGAGGCGCUGGCCCCGAAGAGGAGCCCCCUCAAAGAGGCGUCGGCGGGGGCGUCCAGGGCGGGGCCCGCCCGGCGGGGCGCGGGGCCGAUGCGGACGCUGACGGGCUGGGAGAGCGAGAGCAUGCGCAAGGUCGUGCCCAUCUCGCGCGCCAGCCGCGCGCCCCCAGCCGGCAAGCGCCCCCCUCGCGAGGCCCCCGCCGGCGCUAACCCGCCGGCGCCGCUGGCGCGCCGCAGCCCGGUGCUGGGGCCCCCGAACGCGUCGCCCGGGAGGCCUUCGACGGCGGCCCGGCCCGGGAGGGAGCCCCCAGCGCCGCCCAGGAGCUCCUUCCGGAAGCCCAGCGCCAAGCCCCUGCGCAAUGUCCCGCGGCAGAAGCCCGAGGAGAACAAGAUCUGCCGCUCCGGCUCCCAGGGCCCCGACAGCCCCGAGGAGCCGCCCCGCGCCCCGCCGGCCCCCAGCGCGCCCCGCGGCCCGGCCCCGGUCCCCAGCUUCGCCCGCAACACGGUCGCCUCCUCGUCUCGGUGCCAGAGGACCGACUCCCCCCCUGUGGCUGGGUCCCCGGGCCUCACCCGGACCGUGUCGCAGCGGCAGCUGAAGGUGAAGGGUGGCCCCGAGAACGCACUCCCCAAGGACAGCGGCGCCCUGCGGCGGGCCGGCAGCGCCCGCGCCCCCCGGAAGGGGCCCGAGUCGGCCGAGGGCCCCGGAGACAGCGCCCAGGCCCCGCCGAAGGGCCGCGGUGCCGGGGAAAGGGCCUCCCUCCGGCUGAAGGACGCCUGUCGGGGGGCGCUGGGGAAGGGGCUCCAUCCCUUGCGGAAGUGAGGGGCGUCCGCGCUCCGCGCUCGCCUCCCGGGGUUCGGGUGGUGAGGACUGACUUCUGCGAAAGGCCGACCCCGAAUGUCUACUCCACAUAAAGUCCUCCGCCGGGGCCACCUGCCCGUGCUCCUGUCGCCGAAGG